AUGACUGCGGAAGAGGCUUCGCAGGCUGAGCUUGAGGAGGAGAAUGGCCUCCCUGGACCAGGCGCGCCUACGCCUCUCUCUGCCCUUGAGGGAGUUGGCGGCCUUACCGCGCGAGAUAUCAAAUUAAUUACCGAUGGAGGUUUUCACACCGUGGAAGCAGUGGCAUAUACACCGAAGCGGGUGUUGGAACAAAUCAAGGGCAUCUCGGAACAAAAGGCAACAAAGAUAUUGACAGAAGCGGCCAAAAUUGUUCCUAUGGGAUUUACAACUGCUACAGAAAUGCACUCUCGUCGGGCAGACCUGAUAUGUAUCACUACCGGCUCUAAACAGCUCGACACACUACUUGCGGGCGGUAUAGAGACAGGAUCCAUUACCGAACUUUUCGGUGAAUUUCGAACAGGGAAAAGUCAAAUCUGCCACACCUUGGCCGUCACAUGUCAACUGCCAUUCGACAUGGGUGGUGGUGAAGGUAAAUGCCUCUAUAUUGAUACCGAAGGCACCUUUCGACCCGUACGGCUGUUGGCAGUGGCCCAGCGGUACGGACUCGUGGGCGAAGAAGUGCUAGAUAAUGUUGCAUAUGCCCGUGCAUAUAACUCUGACCACCAGCUUCAAUUGCUUAACCAGGCAUCUCAGAUGAUGUGUGAAACACGGUUUUCUCUUCUCAUCGUGGACUCCGCUACCUCACUUUACAGGACUGAUUUCAGUGGCCGUGGAGAGCUAUCAUCAAGACAAAACCAUCUGGCACGCUUCAUGCGCACCCUCCAGCGCCUUGCUGACGAAUUUGGCGUAGCAGUCGUCAUAACUAAUCAAGUUGUCGCACAAGUCGACGGCGGGCCGAGUGCAAUGUUCAAUCCCGACCCUAAAAAGCCCAUCGGAGGUAACAUUAUUGCACACGCGAGCACCACACGAUUAAGUUUGAAGAAAGGUCGAGGAGAGACCAGGAUUUGCAAGAUUUACGACAGUCCCUGUCUUCCAGAGAGCGAUUGUCUGUUUGCCAUCAACGAAGACGGAAUUGGAGAUCCUAGCCCGAAAGAUCUAGAGAAGGAUUCAUAG